GUAUCAAAAUGUAUUCAUCUAUUUUUAACAAUUAUAGUGAUAUAUAUUAAGAAUUCAAUUCAAAUGCCCAGUAAUCGACUUAUGGACGAAACAAUGAACACUACUGAGAAUAGUAAAACAAAUGAUGACAUACCAGUGCUGACCACAGCUUCUAAAGUACUAUUAAAACCACAACCACUGACCGAUAAAGACUUUGAAAAUGGUCGCCGACUUACUCGCCAACAACUGUACGGACAAUCAGUCGAUAGUGAUACAAACCAUUCAGACCUAAUAAAUGAUAAAAAUUUGUUUGAAGGCGAUAUUGUUGUCAAAAAUCGGUCAAAUCUUGUAACCCGUAAUGCAAUUCGUGCCAAUUCAAUGAAGUGGCGAAACGGUAAGAUACCAUACAUACUGUCCAACGAUUACACCGAUGCAAACCGUUCGCUCAUUGCUCGGGUGUUCGAAGAGUUCCACAAUAAGACGUGCAUCAGAUUCGUACCGAAGCGCUGGUUUCACUACAGUUAUCUACAUAUUAUGCCCGGUGUUGGCUGUGCCUCACUAGUAGGCCGAGUAGGUGGACAACAAGUGGUAACACUGGGCGACGGUUGUCUGACAAUGGGUAUCAUAGAGCACGAGCUGUUGCACGCCGUCGGCUUCUGGCACGAACAAAGUCGGGCCGAUAGAGAUGAUUACGUCCGAAUCAAUUGGGAUAAUGUGGAAAAGGGAAUGGAAGGCAACUUUAUUAAGUUUUCAUGGAAUGACAUACAAUCACUCGGUGUCCAAUAUGAUUAUGCAUCUAUAAUGCAUUAUGGCACACAUGCUUUUGCUAAGGGAUUCGGUUCGACAUUAAGUCCUCUUCGUGAUGUACCCACAGGUGUUAAAAUCGGACAGAGAGUGGCAAUGAGUGAAAGUGACAUCAAAAAAGUUAACCAUUUGUAUGAUUGCAAUAGAGAUGCGCGAAAUGAUAACUUAAUAUCGGCUCUCCUUAGACUU